CAAAAUCCUUUACCCCUCAAAAAGCCCAAGAGAAACAGAAUAGUGAGUGAUCUUUUACUCUAUCCCCAACUUCCCCUCUCACACUCACCAGUCACCUCCCAUGGCUACCACAUCCACCACCACCUCCCUCUUCUACCCCCACCCUUCCAUCAAACCCUCUUCUACUACUUCCUCACCUCCUACCCUUCUCCCUUUCCUAUCCCCUCGAACGCGCCGUACCACUAGAAUCAUGGUCACAGACUUCCUAGGCGAUUUCGGAGCCAGAGAUCCAUUCCCAGAAGAACUAGAGAGCAACUUCGGCGAAAAAGUCCUAGGAAACAUGAGCACUGAACAUAAGAUUCUCAUUCCUCAAGCUAUAGCUCUUGCUCUUUCGCAACAGUCAUGUAUUCCUGUCUCUCCUACUGAUACUCCCUUGUCUAAGGAUGAUGCUAAGCAGCUCCUCUUCAAGGUUAUCGGGUGGCGAUUACUCGAAAACGAACAAGAAGAUGGUAAAACUGUGUUGAAGUUGACAUGUUUGUGGAAGUUGAAGGAUGUUGAAGCUGGGGUUGAGUUGAAAGAUAGGAUUUCUAAGGUUGUUGAAAGUGCAGGGCAUUCUCUUGUGUUUCAGCAAGAGGAUAAUAAGGUGACUGCUGUUUUGUGGACUCAGAUUAUUGGUGGUUUGAGUAUUAAUGAUUUUAUUGUUGCUGCUAAGAUUGAUGAGGUUAACAUCUCUGAUCUUCUUCCUAGAAAGAGAUCUUGGGCUUAAUUUUAUUUUUUUUGUUAUCGAAUAUUGUACUAGGAAUUUGGUUCCAUUUUGUUUCGUAAUCCCAAUUUUGAUAUAUUUA